AGCGGCGGCGGCGGCGGCGGCGGAGUGGAGGAGGGGGCGCCGCGGCGGAGCGAGCGCGGGGAUCCGCACACCGGCGGCGGCGGCGGCGGCGGCAGGUGUGAGCCGUCCGGAUGGCGGAGUCCGGACCGCAGCCGCCGGGCGGCGCGCCCAGCCGGCACGAGAAGAGCCUGGGGCUGCUCACCACCAAGUUCGUCUCGCUGCUGCAGGAGGCCAAGGACGGCGUGCUCGACCUGAAGCUGGCAGCAGAUACUCUGGCAGUGCGGCAAAAGAGACGUAUUUAUGAUAUUACAAACGUCCUUGAGGGCAUUGGACUUAUCGAGAAGAAAUCGAAGAACAGUAUUCAGUGGAAAGGUGUGGGGCCUGGCUGUAAUACCCGAGAAAUUGCCCACAAGUUGAUUGAGUUGAAAGCAGAGAUUGAGGACCUGGAACAUCGGGAACGAGAGCUGGAACAGCAGAAGAUGUGGGUGCAGCAGAGUAUCAGGAAUGUCACCGAUGAUGUACAGAACAACGAAUUAGCGUAUGUGACAGAUGAGGAUCUUUGCAAGUGCUUCCCAGGCGACACAUUGCUGGCCAUCCGAGCUCCGUCAGGAACCCAGCUAGAAGUUCCUGUCCCUGAGGGCUUAAACGGCCAGAGGAAAUACCAGAUCCACUUAAAGAGCAGCAACGGUUCCAUUGAUGUUCUUCUAGUAAACAAGGAUGCCUGGAGCUCUCCUCCGGUGGUACUUCCUGUCCCUCCCCCGGAAGACCUCAUUCAGUGCCAGCCAAUCACUCCCUCUAAGAAGCCAUCCGUUCCCCCGUCCCAGGAGACCCCUCUUCCCAGCGGUGCCAACCCUCCUGGGUCUGUGCCCAGCAGCACGCAAGACCACAGGCCCUCCGUGCCCCAAUCGGCCGCCGUGGCAGAGACAGGCACCUCGACAGCAGAAUCAAAAAGUAGUGUGGAGCUGGACUCGCUUACCCCUUCGACCGUACCGGCCAGCCCGCCAGCUGGGCUUGAUACGCAGCCCCUCCAAUCCUCAGCCUUGCUGGACAGCAGCUCUGUCUCGCCCAGUUCCUUUACCUCUUUCGAGCCAAUCAAGUCCUUCCCCACAGAAAUACUGGAAUUUCCCAAAGAGCUUUCAGAAAUGUUUGAGCCAACCAGAGAGUGCAUGAAUUCGGAGUUGCUUGAAGAGCUGAUGUCCUCUGAAGUGUUUGCUCCUUUACUCCGCCUCUCCCCACCUCCCGGAGACCACGACUACAUCUACAACUUGGAUGAGAGCGAAGGGGUUUGUGACCUUUUCGACGUCCCGAUUCUCAACCUCUGACUUUUGACUGCCUGGAUGGACGGACUUUGGGAUACGGAUUCCCCCCCCCCCCUUUUUUUUUUUAAAAAAGGAAACUUGUCUCAAAGGAAUGUGGGGGAAAGCCCCAAACUCUUCAUUCUGGAUUCUUUGUCCGCUAGUGCUCGAGUGAAACACAGAGCUGCUCGGGUCUAGACCGAAAACCAAUCAGGACGAGAGUCUUGUCUCCAGCUUUUUUCUUCUUUCCUUUUCUUUUUUCCCCUCUUCCCUGGCUUAUCUUGGUCCCGUCCUUUGUCCUUUCACGGAUCCUGAGUGGGCCUCCUUCCCAGGCACCUGCUGUUGAAUCUUGCCGAGCAGUAAAAGCGCUUCCUUGAGUCCCCUUCUAGCCUGUUUUGGCAUCCCUGCACUGCUGGGGGCACUUUGCACCUCCUUCCCUCCUUCCUAAUUACCAACAGAACAGCCAAAACGGAGCCAGGUGGUUUGUGUGUGUGUGUGGGGAAAAAAAUCCAGCCCUGGCCUCUCUUUUGGCUCGUUCGUAGAAUUCAAACGACGGGGCGGCCUCUCUUUAGCAAUUGUCUGCUUUGGGCAUGAUGGAAUGUGGGCCUCUCAGCUGCCUUUUUUUCUUUUCUUUAAUGUGCUUAGAAGUGGCGUUUCAAGUAACCCUCCUGGUCCAUCUUUUCAACACAAAGCACGAAGCCCUUUUCCCCCCCCUGUAGGUUGCCUAGACUUAAUUCGUGUGUGUGUGUGUGUGUGUUUGCGUGUGAGCGCGUUUUGUUUUUAAGGUGCCAGUUUUGCACAGUCACUUUUCCUCCAAAGAGUCAGAACUCAGAAAGGAUUUUGUUAGAAAGGAGGUGUGCAGAAACAAGUUGGGACUUCGAGCAGGUGGGACCUACCUGCCUGUUGUCAACCCAAAGCUGCUUUUGCACACGCACCGUCCUGGGUUGUCCCCCCCCCUCCUUCCCCCCCCCCCCCCAUCUGCAGCUGUGCUGCAUCAGGAAGGGAAGAGCUGGCUGGGACUAACUGGGAGGCUUGCUUUCUCUCUCAAGCCCCUCCCUCCCUCCCCCGAUGUCUCCAUUGGGACCCUCCGACGGAGGAGAUUUAGUCACAGCGAAGGGAGCCUCCCUGGCGUGUCCUCCUUCCGUAGCUGCUAGAGUAGGGCUUUUCGGGGUGCGAUGUUUCCCUUCGCGAUUUGCUAGACGUAUUAC